AUGGCAUAUUUUCGAAGCUUUUUUGGUGGAGGUGGAGCAGAAGCAGAAGAAGAGGAUGGUGCGGAAAUUGUGGAGAAAAUGGUGGAACGUGCCGAAACUUGUACAGCACUUGAAGAUCGACGAGAUGCACUUCGCGCACUUCGUGGUAUGGCUAAAAAGCUGCGAUUGGCAGUCGGUACAAUGGGACUAAAUGUAUAUAUGGACGUGUUGGAAAAGGAGCGAUCAAAUCAAGAGCUCCUUGCUAUUACAUUGGAGAUCCUUGUAGCAGUUCUCAGCAGUGACGACGAGAGCACAGACGAUGACGAACUUGGUGAACGCUUAGCUGAGGUUAUGCUGAAGAAACCGGUUUUCAUCCCGUCGCUCUUAGCUGCCGUUGAUGAUUAUGAUAUAACUGUUCGCCGGUGUGUUUUCAUUUUUGUUUCUCUUCAUUGCGGAAGAUCAAAAUUUUCUUUUCGUUUAUCAUGCCGAAAUUUUCGAACCUUGGAUUAUGUUCGUGCUUUUUACUGGGCUGGAAAGUCCUUUCCCUUCUCAUGUUGCCAAUGUAAACAAUGGCAGCUGGUUUUGAUUGUGCCUCAUUCUAUGUGGUGA